UCUACCUAACCGUGCCACGCCCAAAAUGUGUUUACAUGUAAGUCUUUUGGAGGUUGCAUAGUAGGCCACUCCAAAGAUCGCGUCGCGUCUGCCCCUGUUACGCGCGACUCCAUUACCUGCCUACUAUAAUGUUCAUGUUGCGCAUUUGGUAUAACUGAAGAAGAACUGAGCUAUACACCACGGGUGAGCCAAAGGCAAUGAAUACAUAGCCCUUCUGGAAAUCAAACCCAUGUCACUAUAUGCCUGACCUGCAGGCACCCUCUAAUAGUAAUUAUGGCGACUUCUCGGCCUAUGAUCAUGAGGAUGCCGGGCUCCCGACAAUCGGCGCUGCCAAGCUCAGUCUCAGGGGCGAAUGGAUCGAGGAAUGAGCUGAGGGAAGCGAUCGACGCAAUCGACACCUGCGGCGAGUUCGCCAUAAAGAAGCAGUACUCUCAACACGCAAAUCCAGGUAUACAGAUUGGAGAGGACCUGAUCGCCUUGCCACUAGAUCCGGGCCAGGUGCCCUUGAUCCGCGACGCAUCUCGGCAAGCGCCCUUUGGCCGUGGAGAUAAAACCUUAGUUGACACAUCUGUGAGAGACACGUGGGAACUCGAUGCCUCAAAGUUUAAGCUCAUCAACCCGGCGUGGAACACAUUUACUAGCCGCGUUCUUCAGGAUGUGUCGCAAAGUCUAGGCACGUCCGGCGUUACCAUUGAGCUUUACAAGCUCCUUCUCUAUGAGAAAGGCUCCUUCUUCAAGGCCCACAAGGACUCCGAGAAGGCACCAGGUAUGAUUGCUACUCUUAGCGUAUGUCUACCAUCGAGGUAUAAAGGUGGCGAGGUGCAUUUGUCGCACGCUGGGGCAGCCCGUGUUUUCGACACUAGCCAAAGCAUCUUUGAUAUUUCUGCUCUCGCGUGGUACGCAGACGUGACACACGAAAUCAAGCCUAUCCAGGAAGGUCACCGGCUUGUCCUGAUAUACAACAUUGUCCAGACGGGCGAUGGCGCAGACUCGGCCAGCUUCUUUACGACACAAGGCCAGACACUGCAUAGUGCUAUUGCUCAGCUGAAUCUCCGUUCGCCCCCAAGGCGUUUACUCUAUCUACUUGAUCACAAAUACUCUCAAGCUAGUCUCCGAAUGGAUCACCUCAAGGGACGAGAUCGCGCUGUUGGUCUGAUGCUGCAGGAUGCCUGUACGAAGAAUGGAUGGCACCUGUUUUUGUGCAAUGUCACCAAAAGAGUCUCAGAUGACUUCGGAUAUAGAGGCUACGGCAGUUAUGAUGAAGACGAAGACGAAGACGACGAGGAUAAAGGACCCCCGCUAGGCAUGGACAUCGUCGCUACGUGCGAUUCACAGAUUUUUGCUUCGAACGUUGAAAUAGAAAAUAAGGACAUUCUGGGACGCGACCCGUAUCGUGGGCGCGAUGCAGAUAGUCAAUCAGAAGGCGAAGACACUGGGAACGAAGGUGCGCCUAUAGAGUACAGGUACCAUGACUCAGCUGUCGUGAUGGUUCCCAAAACCCAACUAGGUCAAUUCUUCAAGUUCGACGUUGAAAUGAAAGUGCUCUACGAUUUGGUUAGGAACGAUCUAGAGGCCCAUCCCCAUGACCCCGCUACUCGCAAAAUAGCCUUGGAUUUUUUUGCGCAGGCAGUUCGUCAUGAGGACACAUUGGCGCCAGCCAUAUUGACAUUGGCUUGGCGCCUGAAAGAGGAAAACUUAUUUCGUACCGCUGUUAGUGCGGGUUUCCGAAACGGCAGCCCUGGACCGGGAGUCGUCCAAGCUCUAGUUGCUAUAGUCAAAAAGGACCCAGAAGCACCGAUUGAUUGGGAUAAAAGGUUUGGAGAACUGGUUUCUAAGCAUGAAAGCCUCGCAAAACUAUCUCAGUCUCUGGAUCUUAUCAAGAGCUUACUCAAUCCUGGCAAUAUGCAAGAGUCAUUCCAGCACUGGCGCUCCACGAUAGAGCUCCUUACGUUUGAGGCAAAACAGUCUUUUGGAGCCGAGGAUCAUGAUCGUAUUUUACAGCUAGCAACUCUCCAUUGGGAAAAUCCCGAUUGGACCAACAAUGUACUGGUACCGAAAAUCCGUGACUGUACAAACAAAACGCUUCUGUCAACAUUGAUAUGCUCCCUGCUACAGAAAAGCCGGGAAGGUAUGCUUGACGGAGCUCACGAUAUCGCUAUCGCCCUCCUCGAGUCUUGUAUGCCGAAGUUACACUUAGCUAAAAUCAACUUGAACUCCACAGCGGGGGACUACAACGAUCGGUCAGAAUCUGAACGUUUCUGCCAGUUGCUUGACAACUGUCUACUAUCUGGCUUACAGCAACCCGUUGACGAGCUGCUACGGCAUAGUGUUAAAAUUGUCAAAGCCGCCCCUAAACAAGAUGAUUUGGCAGUCUUCCUAAGACGUCCAGACUUUGCCUGCCCUCCAACAUUGGCUUCGCAAAUGCUCCUGUGUGUAUGUCAACAUUUUGAGAAGAGCAAAAUGCCAUCUAGCGAGCCGGCGCAGGACUUUGUCAAAGCCAUGCUGAAAAAGUAUGUGCUCAGAGAUCUACCAAAAUAUCCGAAACAGCUUCCAGGGCAUGCUCAUCAACCACGAGGGUGUGGGCACUGCAAACAUUGCCAUGAGCUUGACGAGUUUCUGGCCUCAAAAUUUGAAGAAGAAAGGGUAUUCUGCAAGGGACCCAAUAUAUACAAACACCUACAGCAGCAAUUGCCCUCAGACCUGUUCCAACGUACAGUGACAUCAGCUAAGGGGAACCAAUAUUCUCUCAGAGUGGUAAAAUUGAAUAGGGAACACCAGGUGGCCGUUAACGAAUACAUGAAUCAACUACACCGGGCUCUCCAGAGGGCGCAGCCCUUCCGUUCCGAAUAUAUGAAGGAGCUUCUGGGGACCAGCACUUACGGCGAGCUCGUAAUGCUAGAUAAGUUACCUCUCUCCGGAGAGAUCCAACUGGAGAACGAGGAAGGAUCACAGACUGGGCGGAAAAGACGGGCCGGGGAAAGUGUUGACUUGCCUGUUGCUAAAAGAUGAAAUGACUAGUCGGUGCACAUGGAUCGACGAGAUCUUUCAGCUCACUGGGACUGAUAAGGUAUCACAAACUCUCAUCUUCAUCAUAGCUGACAACGGCGAGAUCGAGGCGAGUAAAUCUACGUCUGGUCAACCACAGGUCAGCUUGAGAAUGUAAUUAAUAUAAUGGCACACUAAGUGUGUUUCUUAUUCACCUCAAAGAAACGUAUCUAUAUGGCAAAGUGGGCGGUGACCGAUAGGGCACAGGAUCAGUAGUAUCGCAACAACUGAUUACGCUAACAACAGUGGGUUUAGUGGAAGUGCGACUGCUGUUGAAGAUAAUGCAGUACUAUAGCCAUAUUAUAGCUCUAUUGAUUGUAUGAUAGCGAGGGAGCAGUAAAUAACCUAUUUAGUGGGCUCAUUGGAAAAAUCAGGAAAGAAUGUCUAUUUGACUAUGAACUAUCAGGACAACCCCUCUCAUAGGCACGAAUUUUACUACAUAAGUAGAGGUUCGGCUUUAUGGGAU